CCCUGGGCUCUCUCCUGCAUUUGCUUUUAUGUUGGCACUCGCAAUCCCUUUAAAUUUGGGUUUUUUUGUUGUUUUUUUGAGUCACGGGGUUUUCUGUUUCAUCAUUUUUCGAUAUGAUCCUGACAGUGGAACAUGGGUUCUUGCUUGUUUAGUGAAUUGGUGGUGUCCUGUUCUUUGUUGUUCUGCAUAAGCUGGUGCUCCGUGAAACUCUCUUUAAGUGUUUUUGCCGUUCUUUAACCAAGGCUGAAACCGAAAUCUCUCUUGACUUAUUAUUCUCAAGGGUCUUUGAAUCAGUUCUUGGCAAGGACCGGUUGUGGUGAUUUAAGCAGAAAGGAGAGAACAGCAUGCGUUGUUGGUUGAGUCUUUCUGUUGAUGUCUUCCGCGAAGUCAUCUCUUUGAACCUAUAUUGCAGAGUUAUUCUGUAAUUUGGAUUACCGGAUUUGAGCUUCCUUUCACGCUCCGUUUCACUAGAACCUUUAAUUCAUAAUGGGCUCCAGUUUCUUUGUUGUCGUUCCCUGCUACGUCCGCCAAAUUAGCUGAAUGUCAUGCCGUCCACUUGUUCCGAUUCAGAUUUCGCCAGAGAAGUUGGUCAUAAACUUUCGUCUCUUUUGGUCAUUUGAGUUUAGGAAUUUGUCUCUUGGGAUCACAGUCUGUUAUUUUCUGCUUCAGUUUCGGGGUCUAUAUCUACUCAUUCAUUCAAGUUGUGGCUUGAUCCGUGCUGGUAGAUUUAUUGCCUUCAUAUUCCUUAGAUCUGAGGGGUGGGAAAGUGUAGUUAUGGUGUGCCAAGCAGCAAGCCAGACAAGAUUUCGGGCAAUGAAACACGAAAAUGGGACUGCUGGGAGCUCAACAGUAGUUGUUAGAAUCAUAGCAUGCUUUCAACCUCUUCAUGAUUGCCAGCCUGAAUAUUUCCGCCAUUUGCUAAAGCCUGUCACGUAGAUUGAUCUAGUUCUGUACUUUUCAAGUUUAGCUGGAGUUUUAGGUUCUUUCCCCUUUGUUUUUGGAGGAAACAGCAAGUGAGAGCAACAGCUUCAAUUGAUAGAAAUCCUUCUUUGGGUGACUUGUCCAACUCAAUCUUUGGAUGGGAGAAGAUUUUGGGGCCUGGUUUUCACGGCACCAUUUGAGUAUGCGAGUGCCUGCUUUCGAUCCAUUAUCUGCUCCAUAUGCUCUGGGGCAUGAGUAUGUCAUUUCAACUGGUGCAGUCACAGGUGCGAAAAUGGUCUCUAAUGAUGCUGGGUGUCCACUACAUGCACAUAAAGAACUGCCUACUUCGCACAUUGGCCAACCUGAUGAAGCUCACGGUUGGUUUUAUUGUCUGCCACGCUUUAGGCAGGCCUUUAUACCAGAACUUAACAGUUCUGUUCUAAAAGACGGAUCUCUUGUUGGUCCUUCAGUAGAUUUCGAUGUUGACAGUGGACCCUGGAAGAGUUCUGGAUGUGUUGAGAGGAAAUUUGUUGUUUUCGAUCAAUCGAUGGGCCAGACUAGGAUAUUUUAUAGCUCAGGGAUAAAAAGUCCCAACCAUUGCCUAAAUUCCUUGUGUGUCCCUCAUCACAUCGAUGAAGAAGUUGAAAGAAGGAAAAGUGAUGUAAAUUUUCUGUCUGGACCGACCAUUGCCAACUUUAAGGAUGAUCAUGGGGAUGAUGUGCAAAGCGAGAUGCAUGAAGACACGGAAGAAUUGAAUGCGUUACUUUACUCCGAUGACGAUUCCGAUGAUUCUGAAGAGGAUGAAGUUGAUAGCACUGGUCAUUCUCCUAGCAUGAUGACAGGUCAGGAGAGGGAAGAAUAUUUUGGAGAAAGUGGAGAGGUUGUUGCCAGCUCUGCAUGGCCAAUGAGGAAGCGAAGGCUUGUGGACAACCCGAGUUCUUCCACUCAAUACCGAUACAUCGAGAAUGAGACUGAGGUAGAUUCUAAUGCCGGUGAUGGGAGCAGUAGUUUUUCAGGUGAAGUCAAUUCCACAUGCUGCAACAAAAGGUUGUGCAAGGAGAGAAUUUGUGAGACUGUAAGCCUUUUGGAGAAAGUACUUCCUGGCACAAAAGGGAAGGAUGCGACUGUUGUACUCGAUGAAGCUAUACGUUACUUGAAUUCUUUGAAGGAUGAAGCCACAGCUUUGGGAUUUUCUACCAUGUGACUUGGAGGUUAAAUUUGCAGUUGCCCUUUUCACAAUUACUCCGCGAUACGUUACUUUGGCGAGGAAGGACAAGGAGUAAGUUGAUAACGUGGCUGUUGGAUUUCUCUAUUUAACAUUCCAAGCAUUUGCAUUUGGAAGUGGUGGUGCAGUUGGACAGCCUGCAUAAACAAAAUCUUGGUUCCGUCUUCCUUUGACAAUGGUUGGUGUAAUUAGUGGGAACGAGAUUUGGCUUGGGGUCUUCCUCUUCUAUAGUCUUGGGACUUUUGGCAAAAACAUAUUGCCCUACCCAUCAUGCUGAUGGACCAUGUACAGAGUCUUGAUACGUUGCCAUUACCGAUGGGGGAGCCAACUCAUGCUUGCCCCAUCCCCCAGUCUCUUCAUUGUCGUCACUCAAUACUUUGUGUAGGAUCACAGGCAGAGGCAAUGUCCGCCUGAACCGUGUCAUCUUCAUUGCGCUCCCGAGUCAAAUGUUCGGUCAACUAUCGUCCACCACACUCCGUUCGAUCUCUAUCCAUGAAGGAUGCCGGAUGGUCUGAUCAUCUGACACUAUGAGUUUAGCCAAAUGCUUUGGGGACAGUGGCCGCUGCUCGAAAGUUGUAAGUGUUUUUGCUGCAUCUGGGUUUUUAAGUGUGCUGUUUAUUAGCAUUUGGGGUUUUAAUUGGCUAUACAUGGUGAUAUGUUGGUAGAUUUAGAGUAGUAACUAGUGAAGUUGAAUGUGAGAUUAACGGUCUGCCGUGCGCUUGCGUGGUAUUCAU